ACAAGUGCAAGACUCAGAAAGGACUGUUUUGGAUAAUUCACUAAAGAAUCUGUUUUCCCACUCUUUGGCAUCUUCUGGAAUUGGAUACAAACUGGAAUAUAUUUCAGUGAGCCCCGGGAGUCUUGCAUCAGUGAGCUUUUUCAGAGGGCUUUCUUCUAAAAAAUGCUGUGCAAGUUAUUAGACUGCUGCUGGAGGUUCAAAGUUGGACAUCAGACCCAAUAGUGAGCUGAUCAUCUGCUCCAUCCCCUCAGAAACUGUCGAGGCUUAGGCUCAUCAGGUUACAAUAGCAGCGAUCAGACCUGCACUCGUCUCCUUGGGCUAGGGCUGAGGACAGGAGGCAGACGAGGGCAGAGGUGUGCUGGAUGGAGGCCACAGCCAGGCCUGAUGGCAGGAGGCAUCCAGAGCACUAAUCAAACCCUCUAGGAGCCACAGAGGAGAUACAGUUCACGUGGAGACACUGAGAAGCUUGUGUGCCCAUGAGGUCGUCUACGCUGGUCCUGUUCCUCCUGUUCAGCGCCCGGACGGUGGCCACCAUCAGAGGGGAGCAGAAGGAUCCAGGCAACUCCCCCAACUCCAUCCCCAACGUGGACCCCAAGCUCUUCACCAAGCGCCACUACCUCUCGCCCAGGGUGCUCUUCAGCUCCCAGCCCCCCGAUGCAGAGCCGGAAGGGUCUCAGGGUGGCGGCAGAAGGACCCGUAGGCGAGCGGGGCAGCCUCAGCACCGCGGGGUGUACUCGGUGUGCGAGAGCAUUAGCGUCUGGGUGGGCAACAAGACCAAGGCGACGGACAUCAAAGGCAACGAGGUGACAGUGCUGCCGGACGUGAACAUCAACAAUGUCACCAAGAAGCAGUACUUCUUCGAGACGACGUGUCACAGCUCUCAGUCGGGCAGCUCGGGCUGUUUAGGGAUCGACGCGAGACACUGGAACUCCUACUGUACCAACUCGCACACUUUUGUAAGAGCGCUGACUUCGUUCGAGAACCUGGUGGCGUGGAGGCUCAUACGCAUCAACGUGGCCUGCGUGUGCGUGCUCAGCCGCAAGUCAUGGCGGCAGUGAGGACUUCAUCUGCACACACACUCAGAUACAGAACGUACACAGACAUGCUCAUGCUAACAUGCAGACAGCUGUGACUUUGUCUGCAUGACUUCUCACCAAAGACUUCUCACUCUCUGCACAAAGUAAAUUAUUGGUAUAUGUCCAAGUAUCAGGACUGCAUGUAUACACACCAGACCUGGGUCAAAGAGUAUCUGCAGUUGGUUUGUUUGCUGUUAACUGUUUGGAGUACCAAGGGUGUAGCUGGGGUUCUAUUUGAGCUAUAGGUUGUAACACAGUGAAAAAACUCUAAAUCUUACCAAGUCUAUGUGUCUUAUUUUUAGUCAAAAUGUCCCAUCCCACUUGAUUUAAGAUAAAUUCACCUAACAAGUGACAAUUCAGCAAGGCAAUGCAUCUUAAAUAUAUUGUUAAGUCAAACAAUCUUGAAAUUAUCUUGUUUUGAGUUGAAUUUUACAAGAAAACUCAAAAUAAGUUUAACCCUCGUGUCGUCCUGCGGGUCAAAAUUGACCCGUUUUAAAGUUUGCAAAUGCGGAAAAAAAAUAUAUUUUCAGAGUGAAACUUCUGAUGUUCACAUUUUCAACAUUUUUGGAAAAUCUUUGAACAUUUUUGGUGGGAAAAAAAGAAAUGUUAAAAAUGUUUCUUGAGAACAUUCACUAAAAAAUCAAACAAAAUCCAGCAAAUUUCGCUGGAUUUUGGUUGAUUUUUUUGCGAAUGUUCUUAAAGAAAAUAUUAGAAGUUUUACUGAUAUAUAUAUGGAAUCACUUUAGAUAUUUUUAGGAUUUUUACUCAUUUUUUGAAAAUAUGUACAAGGAUUUUCUUCCCAAAUUUGGGGGAUUUUUUUAAAAUUAAACUUUUAAGGGAAACUUUUAAGGAACUAGUGGAGUUUUCUUCCUGAAGGUUUUGCAAAUUUUCAGAAAUUUGGGGAAUUUUUUUGCUGAUUUUUGGGAUUUUUUUCAGACAAGGAAACAAUGUUUUUUGGUGCCCGUAAAUGAAGACAGCAGGAGGGUUAAUAUAUCUCAAAUUAGGAGGUUAUAUGAAAGCGAAAAUCUAUUUUUGAGUGAAAAACUGUUUUUCUUUUUAGCAUGUCUGGCUUAUUUUAAGACACCUAAGAUUGACAAUCCUGGUAAAAUAGAGCUUAAAAUAAGUUUUCCCAUCUAAUUUUAAGAUCUCAAUAUUCUAAAUAUCAUAUCUUAUUUCAAGAAAUGUUACCAAGACAUUUUUCACUUGUUCUAUUGGCAGAUUUUUUCACUUAUUUCAAGGUAGACGUUCCUUGAAAUAAGUUUUUUUUUCUUGUUUUGAGAGGAGCAUUUUUUUCCAGUGUAGACUCUGUUUGUGAAGGUUUAAAAUGCAGCUAAGCGCUAAGCUAGACCUGGACUGAACACAACUUAUAGUCAUCGCUCUGAAAAACGCUCUGAAAAGCUAACUUAGUAGGAAAAUUAUUCCUACUAAAACUUGAGACUAAUCAUUCAGAGCAUGUAGGAUCUACUUGUAACCAACGUAAAACACCUUUGGAGCGUGAAAGUGGAGGAAUUUUUAAUUUUAUCUUUCACUUCCAAAACUUCGCUUUUCCCACUUUGACAAUGACAGGCCCGAGUUCAGCUGAACCACAGCUAAACGGCAGCUUAACAAGAUGUAUGGUGAUUACAAGAUCCUCCCCAAACAGCCACAGGUGAUGCAGACUCGGAAAACGGCCAUUAAGGAAACUGGUUUCAGCUAUCUGAUUUUGCUUGAUUGCUGAGUGCUCAGGAAGGAAUUUCAAAAUACCGCUGAAACAAUACACAGCGCGCGCUUUAUCGUUUGUAGUCUAGUUACACUUUUGAUAAACACAGACAUCUUUUUGUAGAAUUUUGUUUGAUAAAUUUUGAUACAGAUGCAAUUCCGUUUGUGUAUUUAAACCUGCCAUGCAGAACUUUUGUCUCUAACUUCUGGCAGUUACAGUAUUUACAUAAACACUGUCGACACACUUUUGCUUAUCGAUCGCUUUCUUUUUUUAGACUGUAAUCUUUCUUUUGAGCGCUAAGUUUCCUUUUUAUCUGGAGCAUCAGAAACUUUUCUUGGAUGCUUCCUAGGUUUUCCCACCUUGUUGCUGUAGUCUAAUACAUCUCCAUUGCUAUGGUUGCAAAUCAAUCAGUGCUGGUUUACAUAAAAUGCAUCGAUACUGCCGUGCAAACGUGAUGAUAUCGCCACAGGUACCAGAUUUAAAACUCCAGUAGCCUAUAAUGCAGAAUAGAAUGCUACAUUGUUUUAGCUAAUAGUGUUGAAAGGCUCAUUGAUGAUUAGGAAACCCUUGUGCAAUUAUGUUAGCACAUGGAUAAAAGUGUGAGUUUUCAUGGAAAACAUGAAAUUGCCUUUGAAACUUUUCAGCACUAGUGUACAUGGAUGGAAUUAAUUGAUCUCCAUAGUCUGUCGCUUAAUUAGUAAUUUUCUCUGAAGUCAAAAAUAAACUACUAGUAUGUGAAGUUUCUGAAAUGAAUGAUGGCAGUUUUGAUGAUUUAGACCAGGGGUGUCCAACAUGUGGCCCGCGGGCCAAAACCGGCCCUCCAGAGGGUCCAAUCCGGCCCGACUUUGUAAAGAGUAAAAAUUACAACGAAGACAUUAACUGCAGAUUUGUAAAACUUUAAAAUAAUUUCUAGACCAUGACAACUUGUUUUGAUCAUAAAGUAAAAUACUAGAUUGUUCACUGUUCUUUUGUCAUUUUGUGUCAUUUUGUCUUGUUUUUGUCUUUUUUAUGUCUGACUUUUGUUGUUCGUCUCACAUUUUUGUCGUUUUGUUUUUUGUCUUAUUUUUGUCAUUUUGUGUUUUGCUUUAUUGUUUUGUGUGUCGUUUCAUUUCACGCUUUUGUCAUUUUUUGUCUUGCUUGUGUCAUUCACAGCUAUGAUGCUGUGACUUUACUGGUCACUGCAGAUCAAAUUGGGCUGAAUGUGGCUUCUGAACUAAAAUGAGUUUGACACCCCUGAUUUAGACUAAUCUGCCCUUAUACACUGAGUUAUAUGCAGAAUUAUAUUCUACCAUUUUUCAGUCUUCACAGCAGCCUUUAUUCAGGUGUGUUUAGUUGAUGUCUCUUGGACACAGCAUCUCGGUUUAGACUAAACCAGAGGUGUACUUUAACCUGCAGCUUCCAGCGAGGAUUACAAGACCGUGUGAUUGUGCUCCAGACAGCACAGGCUUAAACCUGUAUUAAUCCUAAACUGAGGCUAAGCUAGCGAGAGCAAUAGCCUCUAGGAGUUUUGGCACAAUAACACAGUGGAGCUACUUACAGUAUUUUUCUGCUGCCUAUUAUCCCGUCUUAUAGCACAUCCCACUCACUGUAGAAGUCACACCCACUAAUUUCACAAAUACAAUUUGACCCAGGCCUGACAUAAGCAAAACUUUUGUUAAAAUGUUGUUGUUGAUAUUGUUAUUUAUUAAACACUUACAAACAUG